UUAUAUUGACGGCAGCUGAAAAAGAUGUAAAGCGAGCGCUAUUCCCGAAGAGAAAAAGAGUAAAACCUCGGUAUUUCGUGCUAUUAUUAACGCCAAAUUCGUAUAUUACUAAAACAACAUCUAACAGGCAUCAGUUGGCACUUUAAUUUUACUGUUCAGCUCUAAAUAAAUCACCAUGUACACUUUUUGUUUAUAAAAUGACACGAGGACGUUUAAGUGCACACGCUGGUAUUCACGGCUCUGUAUUUUGUCAGUCCACUCAGUGACACAGGAAGUGGUUCGCAGCUUUUGUAUUUCGUGGGAUAAUGAAGUUCAACCAUAUGUGUCCAUGGACUGAGAGUGGAAAGAGAUAAACAACGGCGCGCUGUGGAUUCAUGUAUUUAAAAUGCCCCAAACCCAUUAAAACAUGCUGGUCGUACGGAUUUGCAGGCUGCUUCCCUCUGUGUCAGUGUCACGCGCAUUACUAAGACACGCAGUUAUUCGCAGAAGCAUGGCCUCGGCGACCGAGACAACCCGGUUCGACUUCCUGGUGAUCGGCGGAGGGUCUGGAGGUCUGGCCGGGGCUCGGAGGGCGUCGGAGCUCGGUGCAGCCACCGCUGUCAUCGAGAGUCACAAACUCGGAGGUACCUGCGUAAAUGUUGGCUGUGUCCCUAAGAAGGUUAUGUGGAAUGCUGCAGUUCAUGCUGAGUAUCUCCACGAUCACAGUGAUUACGGCUUUGAUGUAGGAAAUGUGCGUUUCAGUUGGGAAACUCUCAAGGCCAAAAGAGAUGCUUAUGUCAGUCACCUAAAUCGCAUUUAUCGCAACAAUCUUGACAAAGCUAAAAUCCAAACUAUUCACGGCCAUGCCAGGUUUACAAACGAUCAUGAGCCGACUGUGGAGGUCAAUGGAAAAAAAUACACAGCGCCUCACAUCCUCAUCGCCACUGGAGGGCAGCCUUCUGUUUUGAGUGAAAAUGAAGUUCCAGGGGCAAAUCUGGGCAUUACCAGUGAUGGCUUUUUUGAGCUUGAAGCUCUUCCAGAGCGUAGUGUGAUUGUGGGUGCGGGUUAUAUUGCAGUGGAGUUGGCAGGCAUCCUCUGCACCCUGGGAUCUAAAACAUCCCUUAUUAUUCGACAAGCUGGAGUUCUGAGGAACUUUGACAACCUGAUAAGCACAAACUGCACCAAAGAACUGCAGAACUCAGGUGUAGAUCUGUGGAAGCACUCUCAGGUGAGGUCUGUGCGUAAAACAGACAGAGGGCUGGAGGUGACUCUCGUCACUAAAGACCCGGAGAAAAAGAACGAAGAGGAGAAGAUCAGAACCAUCCAGGAUGUGGACUGUCUCCUCUGGGCCAUCGGCAGGCAGCCUAACACUUCUGGACUGAACAUUGGAGCGAUGGGUGUGGAUACAGAUGAUAAAGGCCAUAUCAUCGUAGAUGAGUUUCAGAACACCAGCCGACCAGGGAUUUAUGCUGUGGGAGACGUCUGUGGCAGAGCUCUUCUCACACCUGUUGCCAUAGCAGCAGGCAGGAAGCUGGCACACAGGCUGUUUGAGGGCAAGAAGGACUCCAAGUUGGACUACUCCUGUAUCCCCACCGUGGUGUUCAGCCACCCACCUAUUGGAACGGUGGGCCUCACAGAAGAGGAGGCUAUUAAAUCCAGAGGGAAAGAGAAUGUGAAGAUUUACAAGACUUCUUUCACUCCCAUGUAUCACGCCAUCACGAACAGGAAGAGUCAGUGCGUUAUGAAGCUGGUGUGCGUGGGCAAGGAGGAGAAGGUGGUGGGCUUGCACAUGCAGGGCCUGGGCUGUGACGAGAUGCUGCAGGGCUUCUCUGUGGCCGUUAAAAUGGGUGCUACCAAAGCAGACUUUGACAAGACUGUCGCCAUUCACCCCACCUCAUCUGAGGAGUUCGUCACAAUGCGCUAAUGCGCACAUGCACACACCCUGCUCCCUCACACGCCCCGACCAGCAUACCAGGGCAGAGUCACUCCUCGGUACUACUCCAGCAUCAGCUUGACGACUUGCUUUCUAAAACUACAUACUUCAAUUUUCUCUCAUUUAGUGACCUUACUUGUGCGCAGUGUUUUCAUUUUUUAUGGACCAAGACCAAAUUAUGGCCUUCUUGAACUGUAUCGUGGGUCUUGAUUAUUGAUUGAAUAUUCCAGAUUCCAUUUUAAUGAUUGUGACAUGGAAGUGAUUGAUCUGCAGGUGUUUUUGUCAAGGGAAUUCAGAAGACUUCUCUCCUAGUUGUAUGUGUUUGAUUUGUCAGUCAUUUGUCGAAUUAUUAUCACAAACACUGCUUCCACCAAAGGCGCAUAUUAACUCCCAAUGCAAGGUCCUAACAUAUACUGUACUGUCCUUAGAUUCAAUAAACCUGCAGAUUUUUUUCUUAA